AUGGUCACCCUCGAUCUGCCCGAGACACCGGUGCCGGUCUGGCUGGACUGUGACCCUGGUCACGAUGACACAUUCGCCAUUCUCCUUGCUGCCUACCACCCAACCAUCAAGCUGCUGGGCCUUUCAACUGUAUUCGGAAACGCUCCCCUAAUAAAAACAACCAAUAACGCCACUUCCAUCCUCACAGCCAUCGGCAAGCACAAUGACGUCCCCGUCUACGUCGGCGCCGCCAAGCCUAUGGCCCGCCCACCAAUGCAGGCCGCCACCGACAUCCACGGCGAGUCCGGUCUCGACGGCACCGAUCUGCUCCCGAAGCCCUCCAAGGACGCCGACCGCGCCGUCCCUGCCGUCGACGCCAUGGCCGCCGCCCUCAAGGCCCAGCCCGCCGGCACCGCCUGGCUCGUCGCUACGGGCUCGCUGACCAACGUCGCCCUCCUCUUCCAGAAGUACCCGGACCUCGUCGCCCACAUCAAGGGGCUCAGCAUCAUGGGUGGUGCCAUCGGCGACGGCUUCACUGACGCCAUCCUUGGCGUCGUCGACGGCGUGAAGCGCAUCGGCAACUGGACCCCCUGGGCCGAGUUCAACAUCAUCAUCGACCCAGAGGCCGCCGCCGCCGUCUUCCACAACAAGGCCCUCGCCGCCAAGACCACCCUCGUGCCGCUGGACCUGUCGCACCAGGUCCUCGCCACCGAGGAGGUGCGGGAACUGCUGCUCUACGGCAAGAACGGCAGCGAGAAGACGGGCAAGGGCAAGACCACGCUGCGCCAGAUGCUAGUCGAGCUGCUCAUGUUCUUCGCCAAAACCUACAGCGACGUCUUUGGCAUCACUGCCGGCCCGCCGCUGCACGACCCGCUCGCCGUGGCCGCCGUGCUCGCAGGCACCAAGCACGAGAUCCCCUUCCAUGACUACAACACCAAGAAGGGCAACUGCGUCAAGUACCACGAGCGUUUCGAGGUGACAGUCGUCACCGAGGGCGACCUCGCGGACGCCCAGGCCGGUCGGUCGCAGCUGGGCCGCACUGUCGCGCGGCCGCUGGCCCCCGGAAGCGAGGGCGUGAGAAUACCGCGCGGUCUCGACAUUCCCAUGUUCUGGCGUGUCAUCGAGGAGUGCACGGAGAGGGCGGACCGAGUCAACGCCGGCGAAGUAGCGGGGCUGAAGCAGAACGGGGCGCUGGAGAAUUAA